AUGGGGAAACAAGGAUCACCGAGAAGUCCUCGACCCGAACCGGCAGAUAAACAAGAGAAAACCGGGAGAAGAAGUUUGGAUUCUUCAACAGGAAAUGAUCUCUUUAUUGGUAGAAGAAUAUUUGGAAGUGAAGUAAUCAAGGCUCAUCAUGGAUCUAAAUAUGAUCAAAGCUAUGGCAGUAGAAACAAGUUUAGUUACUCUUGGAAGAAGCAACAGUCAUGGCUUCAUAGGAACUUCAAGUCGAUUCUUCUGAUGAUCUCUGUCACCAGUUUCAUAUUCUUUAUGGAUUCCAUUAUGGUUUCGAUCUUUCAUUCGGAUAGAAGCACCGUGGUGCAGGACAUUUCAAGGUUGAGCAAUGUCACUCUACAUAAGAAUGGAUCAUCUCAAGAUGCUUUACCGGUGCAAAUGUAUAGCCGUCUACUAAACUUAGCUUCAAAUUCUCUUGCAAAGAACGUUUUCAAACCUAAUGCACCAAAUUUCCGGGAGGUAAGAUCUUCAAAGUCAUCACAGUGGAAGCCUUGUGCUGAUAAUAACAAAACGGCUGUGGCAUUAGAGAGGUCUAACGAAAUGAACAAUGGUUACAUUAUGGUUAGUGCAAAUGGUGGCCUUAAUCAGCAGCGCGUUGCUAUCUGUAACGCUGUUGCGGUUGCUGCUCUUCUCAAUGCGUCUCUAGUUCUUCCUCGGUUUCUUUACAGCAAUGUCUGGAAAGAUCCUAGCCAAUUUGGUGAUAUAUACCAUGAGGAACGUUUCAUUGAUUAUCUGAAAGAUGAGGUGCAUAUAGUGAAGGAUCUUCCCCAACAUCUAAAAUCUACUGAUAAAAAGAAUCUGAGCUUGGUUACUGAUGCUGAGCUAGUAAAAGAGGCAAAACCAGUGGACUACACCGAACAUGUUCUUCCUUUGUUAAAGAAAUAUGGAAUGGUUCAUCUUUUUGGAUACGGGAACCGCCUCGGUUUUGAUCCGUUGCCUUUUGAUGUUCAGAGAUUACGAUGUAAGUGCAACUUUCACGCGCUGAAAUUCGCUCCCAAGAUUCAAGAAGCAGGAUCUCUGUUGGUGAAACGGAUAAGAAUAUUUGAAACAAAGCGUAGCAGGCUUGAUGAAGCAUUACUUGGUGAAUCCAUGGCGAAAGAUUCUGCUACAGGAGAUCAAGAACCAUUGAAGUAUCUAGCUUUACAUCUAAGGUUUGAAGAGGACAUGGUUGCUUACUCUCUAUGUGAUUUUGGAGGAGGAGAAACGGAGCGUAAAGAGCUUCAAGCGUACCGAGAAGAUCAUUUCCCUCUUCUCCUCAAACGUUUGGAGAAAUCAAAGUCUAUUUCUCCAGAAGAGUUGAGGAAAAGAGGAAAGUGUCCACUAACACCAGAGGAAGCAACUCUGGUACUUGCUGGUCUUGGAUUCAAAAGAGGGACAUAUAUAUACUUAGCUGGUUCUCAAAUCUAUGGAGGUUCUUCUCGUAUGCUUCCUUUAACUACUCUUUACCCGAAUCUCGUGACUAAAGAAACUCUCCUUACACCACAAGAACUCGCACCAUUCAAGAACUUCUCUUCUCAGUUAGCUGCUCUAGAUUUCAUAGCAUGUGCAGCUUCAGAUGUGUUUGCGAUGACUGAUUCUGGGAGUCAGUUAUCUUCCUUAGUCUCUGGAUUUAGAACAUACUAUGGCAAUGGUCAGGCACCAACACUGAGGCCUAACAAGAAGAGGCUUGCAGCGAUCUUAUCAGACGGUGAAACAAUAAAGUGGAAGAGUUUUGAAAAUCGUGUGAGGAAGAUGGUAGAGGAAGGUAACAAAGUUAGUGUUAGGCCUUAUGGACGCAGUAUCUAUAGACAACCGAAAUGCCCCGAGUGUAUGUGUAAGUUUUGAUACUUGCGCUAGUCCAACAUAGAAUGAAGACACUGUAUAUCAUAACGAUACUAAGUUUGUAACAUGUGAAUAACUAAGUAUGCCAGAAUACCCCACUAGUAAUCCCACUUUAAACUUUUGAAUCUGACUAAAUACCUUAUCCCAUUUGGAUUUCUUGUUUGGUCUACCAUUACGAGCAGCGAUUUCAGUUGGUAUGGAUGGCAAUCCACUAGUAGCUAAAGCUGGAACACCUGAGAUUUGUCAAAAUCCUAUAAUCCAUCAAAUCUUACCCCUAUAAACCCACAAACAUCAAAUUUGGUUUAAACACAAUCUGUUUGAUAAAUUCUAACAUAAAUUACUAAAUUCAAUUAAAACGGCAUAUGUUUUGAUCUAAUCGAACGGAUAAAAAAUAUAUCAAGAAAUCGGGCAUAAGUCUAACCAGUUAGAUUAAACCAUCCUUACCCAUAACUUAUCUUUUUUCCUUUGAACAACACCUAUCACUUAUCUAACAACGAACUAAAUACUAAUCAAACUAAAAUAAAUAGUAGUUAAAUCUUAAUUAAUCAAUCCUCCUUACAAACAUAACAAUGUCACCCAGAUUACAAUAUACGAAGUUUUUUUUACUUCUUUUCCUAAUUAAGGUCCACUACGUCGUAAAGUAACUUUAAAUUUUCUAAUUUUAGAUUCUUACACAUAUGUGUAUAUGAAAGGCCUCAGAAGAAAUCCAUUACCUUCUUCCUCAGUAUUUGCUCUGCAAAUUUCUCCAAAAGUAUUAUGCUCCAAAAAAAUCAUACGAAAACUACACAAAUCUUAUUUUUCCAUUUGAAAAUUCAAAAAUCCUAAAUCAUGUCUCUCUUUCUUCUUCAUAUUUUUCUUUAUAAAACCUAUUCAAUACUUCUUCACCUCCACACCAUUUCUCAUUUUUCUGACUUUUCUCUAUUAAAUGAAAAUGAAACCAUCCAAAAAAGCUUCAAUUAUUCAAAUCAUCAAAGCCAUCAAGGACCCAUAAACUGUGGGGCUACUCGACGAAGAAUAUAACGAAGGGUCAGGAGCAUGCUGCACUGUGGGUGCUAUGAAGGCACAUAAACGAGCUGGUGAUGUCAGAUGUGAAGACAGAGAGGUGUAAUUCAACUCACAUUGGUGUCGACAAGAAACAUCUGUCUUCCUUCUCCAAAAUGAGGAGAACCUUUGGGGUCAUAAGAAAGUCAGACAGGCGUACUGUUCUAAGAACCAAAUGGACUGAGAAUAAUAAAACCAUGGAGAAAUAUCAUGGUAAUCUGAAAAUCCCUGCUUCCUUGAAUGAUUGGAGGAAAGAGAAGAAGACGAAGUGAAGAAGAAGAAGAAGAAGAAGUGAAGAAUCUAGAUGUAGAAGAACAAGUGAACGGUUUAUUUGUGUUUUCUAAGCUAGUAUAUGUUGUUUUAUACUAAUGUGUUGUUUUAGUUUUAGUUUAAUGAUGUGUGUUUUUAUCAUGGUCGAGUUAUUUGUUUGUAGAAUGAAUCAAGUCUGUUUUUACCUAACCAACUUCAUUGAACUUCAUAUUGUAUUUUUACUACCGCUUAUCACUAAAUAGAACAACUUAGAUGGACACAAGUGUAUAGGGUACCAUGAGCUAAGAUGCUUCUUACUGAGACGCCUCAAUACAAUUGAAGAAAUAGUGCAACUCUGUAUGAACAUUAACAAGUGGAGUUACCAAAACCAUCACAUAAGUCUCAAUACAAUUGAAGAAAUAGUGCAACUCUGUAUGAACAUUAACAAGUGGAGUUACCAAAACCAUCACAUAAGCAGAGCCGGCCCUGGCCCAAAGCGAGUGAAGCAUGGGCUUCCGGCCGCUAUUUUAAUAAGGGUUAAACCGGCCACAUUUUUCAAAAUCUUGUCUGUGGUCUAGCGGCUUAUGUUGCACCUACACUCAUUAGGAGGCCGGGUUCGAAUCCUGUUAGUUGCAUAAUUUUAUUUUCGGCCACUUUUUGUUGUUUGGACUUGUGGCCUUAAAAAGGCUAGGACCGGCACUGCACAUAAGUCACUUGGAUCAUAUCCAUUGGGAUUUUUGAAAACAUGUUUACUAAAGCAAGAACCAAUCUGAUUAUUAUCUUGAUGGAACAGAAGGUCAGGAUUCAUGUAUUCAUUUCUAUUCCACACUUCAUUGUUCAAACUAUUCUCAAUCUUCUUCAAGCUCAGAAACUUAUCUAUCUUCCUCUACAAUCACAUCCACAAACUUGUCAAGUAUCAUCUCUAUAAAUGUAUUUUGAUAACUAGAUCACAAACUAGUGCUCUUUCUUACCAAGAGAUCAAAAUUACCCACUAAAGAAUUCUUGCUUACAUUCAUGCCUAUAAACCCACAAACAUCAAAUU